UUUUUUUCCCACACAACCUUGUUUUCAACAUGGAUGCUCGACAUUUCCCAGUAAAUGUUGUUUACAUGGAACAUUUACAGACUAAUUUGAUCUCAGCUGUAUGACAUAAGACAGAAAUUAGAAAGGCUCAUAACGAUCUAGUUACAUGUUACGUAAAAUGCAAAGCGUCAACCGUUUUGUAACGUUAAAAAAUAACAUUUAGUCAAACGCCACAAACAAUACACAUAAUGGCGCCUGCUAGGGGCCUAUGAACGUGUAUAGUGAAAAUAUUACCUGAAAUUGCGAAGGGUUAGCUGGUAUGUGGCCAAUGGGAAGACCACCAUUGAGGUGUAGACAACCAAUAGAAUGGUGGUAAAUUCAGUUGGGGUUGGGCUUUGUUGCAACGGCUUUUCUUCAUACAUGUUCCCGGGUGCAAAUGCUCUCAUAACGUUUCCUGCACUGAUGCAUGGUGGUCGAACGGAGGGAUUGUUGGAAAAUUGCGGAGGUUGAGACAUGCUCUUGGCCCAGAUAAACUGUGACUCCCAGGGGAUGGCAGAGUUCCAGGAUGCAGACGGCCAGCAGGUGACCCUCUGUCUGGCCGAGGCAGUGACCGUGGCAGACGGCGAUCAUAUGGACACAGUGAGUCUACAGGCGGUAACCCUUGCCGACGGCUCCACAGCAUACAUACAGCAUGACCACAAAGUUUCCUUUUCAGAUGGACAGCUAAUGGACGGACAGGUCAUCCAACUGGAGGAUGGGUCUACUGCAUACGUCCAGCAUAUGUCCAUGCCGAAAUCAGGAGGAGACAGUUUGCAACUUGAAGAUGGACAGGCUGUCCAGCUAGAAGAUGGAACAACAGCCUACAUUCAUGCACCCAAAGAGACAUAUGAACAGAGUAGCUUGCAGGCGGUGCAGUUGGAGGACGGCAGCACGGCGUACAUCCAGCACACGGUGCACAUGCCCCAGUCCAACACCAUCCUGGCCAUUCAGGCCGACGGCACCAUCUCCGACCUGCAGACAGACGGGGGCAUAGACCCGGAGACCAUCAGUGUGCUGGAGCAGUACACAACCAAGGUGGAGAAUUUAGAGAGUGGGCUGUUUGGCCGAGAGGAGACUGAUAAUGGCAUCCACAUGCAGAUUGUUCUCCAGGGUCAAGAGGGUAGGACAGGAAGGGUUUCACACGUAGGGGAGAAGUCCUUCCACUGUGACCACGAGGACUGUGGGAAACUCUUUACCACUGCUCACCAUCUAAAGGUACACGAGAGAUGCCACACUGGAGAUAAGCCAUAUAUCUGUGACCACAUUGGCUGUGGGAAGAAGUUUGCUACAGGGUAUGGGCUGAAGAGUCACUCGCGUACACACACUGGGGAAAAGCCUUACCGCUGCCAGGAGAUCAACUGCCAAAAGUCUUUCAAAACAUCCGGAGACCUACAGAAGCACACACGGACACACACUGGAGAGAAGCCAUUCAAAUGUCCUGUUGAGGGCUGCGGACGGUCGUUCACCACCUCCAACAUCCGCAAGGUUCACAUCCGCACGCACACCGGAGAGCGGCCGUACUACUGCGCUGAGCCCAGCUGCGGGCGAUCCUUCGCCAGCGCCACCAACUACAAGAACCACAUGAGGAUUCAUACAGGAGAGAAACCUUACGUGUGCACCCUGCCAGGGUGUGAUAAGCGAUUCACGGAGUACUCCAGCCUGUACAAGCACCAUGUGGUCCACACGCCCUGCAAGCCCUACAACUGCAACUACUGUGGGAAGACUUACAAACAGAUCUCCACCCUGGCUAUGCACAAGCGCACAGCGCACAACGACACGGAGCCCAUCGAAGAGGAGCACCAGGCCUACUUUGAGCAACCCACAGAUGCCAUUGAUGAUCCCGAGGUCACCUACACAUCUGUCGUGGAGGUGGACGACUCCUUGUUGGAACAGGUGUCUGUGGGGACCCCAGAGGUUCUAGGGCAACAGCACCAAGUGUCUCUAGUCACUCAGGAUGGAACAACACAGCAGGUCAGUAUCUCCGAGGCGGAUUUGCAAGCGAUGGGCGGUACAAUUACCAUGGUAACACAAGAAGGUACCACCAUCACCAUCCCAGCCCAUGAGCUGAUGUCACAAGGGCAUUCUGUCACCAUGGUGACAGAGGAUGGCACAGAGGGACAGGUGCAAAUUAUGACCCCAGAUAUGACCACGUUCCAGACAGUGGAGGAGGUGGAUUUUAUCCAGGAACAGGAGCACCAGGUGGUGUCUUCAAGCCCUCACCCGGUCACCCUAUUGGCUACUUCCAAUGGCACUCACAUCGCUGUACAGCUCAGUGAUCAACCAUCAUUGGAAGAAGCCAUCAGAAUAGCGUCGCGAAUAGAGCAAGGCGAGACCACCGGAUUGGACGAUUAACUCCACAAUUAACUAAUAGCAAAGAAUAAAUUGUGUCUAAACUAUUUUCUAGAUUCUACAAUAAUUGUGUAUGUGUAUAUAUAUAUAUAUAUGUAUAUGUAUAUGUAUGUAUAUGUAUGUAUAUGUAUAUGUGUAUAUAUAUAUAUAUAUAUAUGUAUGUAUGUAUGUGUGUGUGUGUGUUUUUUGAUAACUGAAGUCCUAUGUGGAUUUAAUGUGCUCCUUCAGCCAUUGGUGAGGACAGGAUUAUUUCUAUUGUGCAACUGCAAUGUACAGCUAACUCAUUUUUUUUGUAAUAAAAAGAUUGAUCACACAA